AUGACUCCACAGGAAAAGGUGCAAGCUCGAAAGCUGUGGCAGGAAAAAGCAAAGAGAAGACGUCGUUUAUUGCAGGAAAAAUUAAAUGGUUCCUCCGUUCCUGAGAGAAGAAAACCUGAUAAACGAACACAAGCAGCACAAUUAAAAUCUUCUCGUGCGAGGAGGAGAAGAAACCUAAUGAUCAAAACACAAGCAGCUGAUAUUAUUAAACUUAAAUCUCGAGUGGAUUGUUACAAAAAACGUCUACAAAGGUUGUCAACAGAAUUGACGUCAAAACUAUCAACAGAAGACUCGCCUAACACUAAAGUGAAUGCUUUAGUCAAUUCACCCACUGCAAGAGAUCUAGAAAUCGUUCGAAAACAGUUAUUAUACGGUGAGGUUUUAUCACGACAAUUAAAUGAGAAUUAUUCGAAUCUUUCUUCUACGAAAGAAAAAAAAAUAUUUAAAAGAGUUAUUAGUGGAAAACUAGUCAACAAGUACAAUGUUUUAGACAAAGAAAAAACGGUGAAACCUCUAAAAAAUCUGACUCGGAAUUGCAAGUUGAUUGAGUCAAGACAAAAAAGUCGAAAAUAUUAUGGUAUAAUGAAAAAGAAAAUUAUUACUUUUAUGGAAGAAUACUCAAAUAGCAGAGUGUGUGCUGGGAAGAAGGAUUGUAUAACGAAGCAAGGUGAGCGUAAACAAAAAAGAAUUAGGCUAGAUACUUUAUUUAAUUUACAUAAACUUUUUUUGGAAAAGUCACAAGUACAAAUUUCAUAUUCAGCUUUUUGUAAGCUUCAACCGUUUUGGAUAGUCGAGCCACAUUGCAGUAAUCGUAACACUUGUAUGUGUGUAACACAUAGCAACAUGGAUUUAUGUUUGUCUUCCCUGUAUAAUGCGAAGAUAAUAUCAGUUCCAAACCAUGUGAGCUUUCUAAAUUCUAUCUGUUGUAACAGACAUGAUGAAAAAUGUUUAGCAAGAAAAUGUGAAAAAUGUUUAGCAAGAAAAUGUGAAAAUUGUAAGCAUAAAGGAAUUGAUUACAAAGAAUUUGAUAAUUCAAACCCCUUGAAUUACCAAAAGUGGCAAUCAGUACGCCAAGAUUAUGUCGAUCCAAAAACUAAAAAAACAAAAACUGUAACAAAGUGUGUUAAGAGUACGCUGAAGAUUAAUCCACGAGAUUUGAUUCUGGAUUUAGAAAAUAAUGAUAAUAAUGAAUUGAAUAUAGUGCAUCAGUACCAAGCUUUAAAAGCAAAAAAAGAAAAUCUCACUGAUAGUGAUGCUAUAAUACAUGUCGACUUCAGUGAAAACUUUCAAACAAAGUACGCAGAAGAAGUACAAUCCUUUCAUUUCGGAGGUUCGAGACAGCAAAUAAGUAUGCACACCGUGGUAGUCUAUACAAAAAGAGCUGGGGAAGAUAUUAAGAGUAAAUGCUUUUGUACUUUGUCUGAAAAUUUAUCGCACUCACCUUCUGCGAUUUGGGCCCAUUUGCAACCAAUACUUGACAGUUUACCGGCUACUGUUACUAAUUUACACUUCUUGAGCGAUGGGCCAGUGACACAGUACCGAAACAAAAUUAUGUUUAAAGUAUUAGCGACAAAGUUAGAAGAAUUUUAUCCUAAUCUUAUGAAUUUUUCUUGGAAUUAUCACGAAUCCGGCCACGGAAAGGGAGCUCCAGACGGAGUGGGUGCAACUUGCAAAAGGACUGCAGAUAAACUGGUUGCAAGUGGCACCGAUAUUUCCUCAUUAGAAGACUUUACCCAAGUACUUCAAAAAAAUUGUCCAAACAUUACAGUUUUAAUCAUUACUGAUGCAGAUAUUGCAGACAAAGAGGCAAAAUUUGAACCAGCAAAAACUAUAAAAACGUUUACUGGGACAUUAAAGGUUCACCAAAUUUGCGGAAGUGUGUUUCUUCCUAAUCGUUUAAUUAUGAAGAGCUUAAGCUGUUUUUGUAAUCCAGAUAAUUGCGAUCAUUUUAAACUAAGUAUCUUAGAUUUUUCUCAAACAAAGUCUAAAUCUCGUUGGUGUAUUGAUAAUGUAUACUCAUCAGCAUGUGAUACUGAUUAUGAGCCAUUAUCAAUUCGAUUAACUAAGAAAUCUACAAAGAAGAAACAUCACUCAAAGCCCUCAUCGUCACGAACACUACGUAGCCAAAAGCAUACACGUUAA